CGUUCGAGUUCUAGACGGAUGGUUUUUUUUCGGCAGCAGGAAGGACACGCGUGUGUGGGUAGACGGGCCAGGCGGCUGGUGGUGUGUGAGGGCGUAACGAAUGGAGGAGUGGAUGGGCGAUGCAGCAUGCAGAUGGCGUCUCGUCGCGCACGGCAUUGGGAAGCUGAGCUGGGGAAUAAGAGCGGCGGGCAGCACGCGUCGAAACACCAGUGCCAAACGCCUGAGACUCGGAGCACACGCCAGUUGGAGGCGGUUUGGUGGUGCCAAAGCGCAGCACCGGACGGCGCCAACCACCCGUGACAGAGGUGUAACAGGCCUAAUGUGAGCAGCACCGCUCCAUCAGCGCUGCAGGACGCGCCAAGUCGGACAUCGGGAAUCGGCCGUUCACGUCUGCCUCACGUCGCCGGGACGCAGCGCGAGCGUGUUUUUUUUUCCUGACGAGGGGGCUUGGUGGGUGCCGUGGGAUGGCAGGCU